AUGCGCUCCAAAUUCCUGCUGAUGCAGGCGGGGUGUGCAACCGAUGUGGCUGCGAAUUGCAGUGGAUUUUUGACCGAGUCGCGGGCGCCUCCUCGUGGAGCUGCACCGCCGGGUGCGCCGGACCGGCCGCACCUGAUCACGCAGCAGUUCCGCACCCCCAGGCCCCUCAUCCAGAAGCCCUUGCCCCUGAUUCCUCGCCAGGCGCCCAUAGGCCUGCGGCAGCUUUUUGGCUCACAAGGGGCCCGCCUCUCGGGGCGGUCCCGGACAGCACCAACUCCUGGCUUUACGUUCCUUUAUUGCACGCCGCAGCCGCAGAUCUCGCGCCUUCUGCGCUCGAAGCUUGGCGAGCCGAUCCCCGGGCAACCAACUGGUGGGAGCAGGCUCGCCAGCUCCUCGCGGCCUCCGCGCCUGUCGCCCCGCAAACCCUCAUUGCAGCCCUCGCCCGCACCGCCGAAACCGCCCCUGCGCACGCGCACCAUCUGCCCGAUCUUGUUGCGCGCAUCCACGAUGCGGGCCUUCCCAAUGGCUCCCUCGUGCAUGCCGGCUGGGCGGUGCGCCAGCUGCGAGAGCCGGAUGGCUACCUCCUGUCACCGGUGCAGGAAGUUCUGCUUGAAUGCUACGGCGGCCAUGUGCUUGCAUCGACGCUCGACCGUCAUUCGGACCGCUUCCGUCCAGCCCCUGCCGCAGCAGCCCCAACGAGUGAUCCUCCGCCUGAGGUGCCCUCCACAGCAGAGCGAGUGCAAGACGACGCCGAGCCAGCCUCCCCGCGUGCCGAACCACCCGCAGCAGCAGACGAGGAUGCCUUUCUGGCCGCCGCUGCCCAACGCGUGCGCCAACAAGCGACCGCUACUGGCCGGGGCACUGGACGGGGCCGGCGCGGACGUGGGCGCGGAAGAGGAACCGCAGCUUGCCCCGAUGACCUUCCGCCGCCUCCCCCGCAGCCACCCCCCACUCGGCGUGGGCAAGCCAAUGCGACUGCUGAAGCUGGCAUGCGGCGCGGCUUUGUCUCCCUGGAUGCGGUCAAUCUCCAAGCCAGCUGCCGCCAACGGGUCCUCACGCUGCAAGCAGCCCCAGCGCGCAUCCGUGGAGCCCUGCGUACUGCACUGCGCACCGGCCUACGGCUCGCAGUCCACCCAGCAGCUCCCGAGGAUGCCGCGCGGGGUUGGAAGCUUUUCUGCCUCGCUCCCCGCAUGCUCCUGGUUCCGCUCGCCGGGUGAGUCGCGCAUUCCGCCGGCAGAGCUGGACAGGCGGUGCGAACUGUUCCGCGCCGGGCAGUGGUCGGACCUCCUCCGCCAAUCCGCCGCCGCGGCAGGGACAGUACCCAGCCCACCCCGAAGUGACCCUUCUGAUGCACAGCGGGCGCGCCGUGCCGCCGCCCUUGUCCACAUUGGGGAGCUGUCCGCCGCAGGGCAUGCCCUCACUGCUCAACCUUUAGCCGCUGGCACCUUUGACACGCUCGCCGAGCUUCGUGACCCGGAGCGGCGGCCCCCCGUGCCGUAUGCCCCCGUGCCCGACGGCGUCCUCGGACACGUGCCUGCAAAGACAUGCCCGCUGCCCCUGCAAGACUUCCUCCGGGGCCUGCGGAGUGCACGACGGGGCUCCGCAGCCGGGCCUUCUGGCACCACCAACGAGCACCUCCGCAUCCUCUUGGACGACGAUGAAGAUGCUCGCCUCCUGCAUGGCGCCGCCGUCCGGCUCGCCAAUGCAGAUGUGCCUUCCGAGGUGCUUGAGGGAAUCCGGGUCGGACGCCUAGUCGCUCUUCAAAAGCCCAACGGCCGGGUGCGUGCUCUUGUGGUUGGCGACGUCCUGCGUCGUCUCGUCGGCCGGGUGCUCGCGCAGCACUUCGCCCCUCGCCUGCAACAGGCAUGCAUGCCCCACCAGUUCGGGCUGAGCACCCGCUCAGGGACGGAAGCUGUGAGUCGGCUCCUCCGCGCCGCCACCGAAGCAAGCCCUCGAGCCACCGUGCUCUCUGUCGACGCUGUUGGCGCUUUUGAUCAUGUCUCGCGCGGCGCCAUGCUGACCGCGCUUCAUGCGAGGCCUGAGCUCCAGCCCCUCCUCCCCUUCGCGCGCCAGUUCUACGCUGACCCCUGCACGUACACGUGGUAUGACGACGAUGGACGUGCCCACGACAUCUCCCAAGGAGAGGGCGGCGAACAAGGCGAUCCACUGAUGCCCGCGCUGUACGCGCUAGCACAACAUGAAGCGCUCUGUGACCUCCACAGCCAGCUUCAGGACGGGGAGGCCGUGUUCGCGUUCCUCGAUGACACAUAUGUCGUCGCCGCGCCUGAUCGCGUCCGCACGCUUUACGACGCUCUCGCGGCUGCCCUCUGGGACCGGGCACGCAUCCGCCUGCAUCAGGGCAAAACUCGGAUUUGGAAUGCCGCCGGCGGGUGCUUGGACUGGCGUUUCUCGCCUCUGUCGGGGCUCCCACACCCAUUUUGGCGACUGCCGCGCCGCGUCAGCUCUUUGGGAUUUCCUGGUCGCCUUUCCCCUCGGUCCGCAAGCCUACUCGCCGCUGGAUGGGGGGGGGCGGGGCGCCCUGCCUAUUAG